AUGGCUUCUGGCGAUGAAAUUCCCGCAAAAGAUCAAAAGGAACAAAGCAAGGAGGAGGUAAGGUGGUAGUAGAACUCCUGAGAACUACUUUCGUCAAUUUUUUAUCACUUUCGCUGGAUUGUUUGUUAAAAAAUCUGCCAAUGAGUUCGACAUGGGUAUGACUCCGCGUCGUGUGCACGGAACGAUGUAAAACGAAUAUUUCACAUAAUUUUAUCCAAGAAAAAACGUUUAUGGUAAGAAUAACCCCCAAGACGUAUUGCUCUUAACCUGCCAAGAGUUUUUAAAGGUAUCCAUGAGGAAAUAACGUGAUAUUCACUAUUAGUAGUAAGUCAUUUUAAGACUUUGCCUGGUAUUUUAAGUUUACUUAAGCUUAUAUUCAGCCAUAAAUUUCACUUUUCUCCUGUCUAAAAUAAAAUAAAAUCGUGGUUAUAUCAGAAAGUAAAACUUACUGUCGCUUUGUAUAUAUUGCUGGUUUUCACGUGACGUCACGAUGGCCAUGUUGGUGGUCAUGAACAGAAGCAUUUUCUCUCCUCUGGUUUCAUGUAUAAAUUCUUCAAGAAAAAAUUCUAUUAUAUUGAACCCCAACGCGGCAGCCUUCUCACAUGGUUGCAAACUAAGAAUACGUGCACAUUCUGUAAAGUCAUGUUUUGAGACUGUAAAUUCUUUCCUGGUAUGCCUAAUCAAUCAAUAUCAGUCAUUGGAAGGCAAUCAAUUUAGUCGACAAUAAUUCAUCGAUUGGCAUAGUUGCUCAGUGAUAUUGAUACUCUCAAUUUAAGUUUUCUAAAUUGCUGUCAAUUUAUAUUGAUUAUUGUCAACUUUAAUUGGUAGGAUUAAGAAAAGUUAUUAAUAGCACUUUUUAAAAUGGGAUACUUAAUGAUACUUGAGGCCCCUGUUGGGGUAAAAUUCUGACAAGCGACAUGGCCUUGAAACAGUGACAUAGGACAGCAGAAAUGGUGAAAUGACUGAAUAUGGUUUGGUGGUGAGCAACAGACAAAAGGGUUACAAUUGAAAAAAACAGUAGCAACAUGGCUUCCUCCUUGUAAAAACAGGUUUUGAAUUAACUAUAGAGUGCUAAAGAGAGCCUCAGUUUGCAAAUAAAUAUAACAUUGAAAAUCCAAAGGGGUCAGAAACUUGAACUCAGUGUCAAAUGGAUUUUUUAAUUCAUAUAACAUUAAAAUCCUGGUAACUUGAACUCAGUGUCAAAUGGAUUUUCACUGACAAUGGACCAUCUGUAGCCUUCAAAUAGUUAAUACAGCCAUCUCCCCUUGCUCUUUGCUGCUAGGGACAUGUCACAGGAGAGACGUCUGUGCCUAAUGACAGAAAUUCUAUACCGAUGAUGAAUCUGGUCGGCAGCUCUGAUUGUUUGAUGUAGUACAUUCGACUCAUGAUAACUCGAACCUUGUAGGGAAAUUGAAGGAAGUUCGAGUUAUCGGUAGUUUAAAGCAAAUAUCCAGAAAUAAGCAAAUAAGCAAAUGGAAGGGGAGGGAAUGCCAUUAACAAACAAAGUAUACAGGAAUGGAAACUGAAUUUAGACUGGAGUGACAAAAAAGUAAAGACAAAGAAUUGACACGGUUGUUUUGAAAUAAAUCCACUGUCUCUGACUUCCCUACGCGGUUUUCUUUCCGACUUGUCAUGUGCUUAAAACAUGGUUCGAGUUACUGAGGGUAAAAUUAUGUAGAAAUGAUCUGAAGGGAAACAAAAGUUACUUCAAGUUAGUGGGAGGUUCAAGUUAUUGAGGGUUCGAGUUACCAAGGGUAGAAUUACAGUAAAUGUAUGAAGGAAAUCCAGGGGAAGGCAACUUUGGUUAAGUUAGUUUGAGGUUCGAGUUAGUGAGGGUUCGAGUUAUCAGGAGUCGACUGAAAUUGCAUUCUUUAAGUUGUUGUUUAUAAAUGACAGACUAAAGACAAAGGCCACAGAGGUCAAAUGUAAAACCCAAUAAAUCUACCAAAAAGCAGUCAUUAUUCUUGGAAUAUAUUCUUCUUUAAAAGAAACAUACGAGUUUUGCUGCAACUCGUUCUCAGACGAACACAAGAAUUUACGAUAGUAAUAAUAAUAAUAACAAUUAUUAUUAUUAUUAUAACACCUCCUUUCCAUGCAAAUAAGAUCAAAAGCACAUAAAUAGAUGAGCAGAAUACUUAAACUCAAACCAAUUUGCUUUUGGAACUCCUUGGCUACAAGAAUAAUUAAACCGUGAUGUACAUCAUCAUUAUAGAAUUUCUGUUGUUCAGGUGUAGAUGUCUCUCCCACGAAACAUCCCUAGUGACAGGGGUUGAGGAGAGAUGGCUGUAUUCCCAGCCCAGACCUUCUCAAAGGUUGGGAAGAAAAACGAAGAAGGUCCAUUGUUUAUUCUUCAGUUGUUGUUACAUGGACGUGAUUGUGCUUGUCUUGGGUUUUUAGCAGGAAAAGCCCAAAGAUGGUCAAUCAACAGGAGGUGCUUUAACUACCACACCGUCUUCAAAAAAACAUCCUCUACAAAAUAAAUGGGCUCUAUGGUUCUUCAAAAAUGACAAGACAAAAUCAUGGAAAGAUAAUCUCCGCCUGGUAACUUCUUUUGAUACUGUAUCCUUUUGUCCACCUUUUGGACUCGUGUGAUAGAGUGUUUUUUGUUUGUCUGUUUGUAUACAUGGUGCAUAUGAUACAUUUAUAGUCCAUUACCAGCAAAAACAGCGACCUGUCUCUGGCAGUCCUUGCUAAAGUUUGUAAGCAGUACAUUUUAUUUUAUACAAUAAAUUGAUAUUUUGUAAUAAUAUUAAUCAACAGAUACAUGUAGAAUCUUCUCUUGUGAUACCAUACAUGUGUGCAUUGUACAAUCUUUGUAAAUAAUAUAAAGAUACCAUAAGGCACACCACAUGUAUAACCUUAGAAACAAACAAGCUUGGAAGGAAAGACAUUAAGGAAACAACACACAAAUAGCAAGAGAGGAAGUUCAAUAUAAUGGUCAUUGUAUGAUCAAGCAUGACCAAGAUGUUGGAAAUAAUGCUACAUGUUUGCAUCACUCUACUUGCUGUAAGUGAUCAGCAAAAUCUUCCUGUAAAUGUUAUUCAUAACCUGCAAUUCUCUUUUAAAAUAAUCUAAUGUGUGAAAAAGAUUUUUUUCUCACCGCAGGCUAAAACUAAGAACUUAACAGUGUAAGAUAACUGAUGAGGAUUGCAUCAAACAUUGAGAAUAUUAUGACCACAGUUUUGUUAUAUCGCAUUUUUGAGAAUACAUGUCAUCCUUGACUUUUACUUCAAACAUUCAAGGUUGAAGAUUUUUGGGGGUAGGUACAACUACAUGGUUUUUGUUUAAUUCUGCAUCAUAUUAGAGUAUUUUCAAGCUGCACAGUUUGCAGUCAUUUAUAUUUACAGGCCUUUCUGGAUGUUCCUAGUGGAUUUUGAGAUUUGGUGUAAGGCCUGCUAAACUUAAUGUACACAUUCUUGUACUCAUUCACUCUAAUAAAAAAAAAUAAAAAUUCACAAAAACUGAAUUUCUUUGUGGCAAAUGUUGAGAAACAAACAGUACUAUCAGGGUUGUCACCAAGAUUUCAAGUUGCCGGAUAAAUACAACAAGUAGGCGGGGAAUCAAAUGGCCAGGGAUUUCUUUUGGUUCUAUUUUUCUUCUAUUUUCCGAUAAAAGUAGGCGGGGGCUACUCUCUUAGUAGCCGGGAAAAAUCCCCGGCCCCCGGCUCUUAAUGACAACCCUGACUAUGGAGAUGUUCUCACAAAGAGGUUUCAUGUAAUUUGUAUAAGCACCCUUAUUUUUGUGUUGUCUACAGAUAUAUGUAAGGGCCUGUUUACAUGGAGGUGGGGGAUCCUGACCCACCUGUCAAUAUAAUCUCUCAUUUGGUUAACCUACCUAUCAUGUACAUACAUGAAUAAAAUGAGAGACUAUAUGGACAGGCAGGUUACCUCACCCACCUGGGAUGUCCCAGCUCCAUGUAAACAGGCCCUAAGAGAGACAAGAAAAAAAAAAGCACUUCAUUUGAGUGUCAAUGUAUUUAGCACGAAAGUGCUAAUUGGGGACACUAUUUUUACGUCUCCUACUGGAGGCGGGACCGCCAUUUCACGUGGUCAUCCGAGCCACACGAAGGUCUCGCCGCUUGCAGUGCAAAGGAAGUACCUUCAUUUCUCAGUUAUUUUAAGACCCUGAGUAUUGGUCCAGCCCCGGGAAUCGAACCCGCGACCUCCCGCUCUGCAGUCAAGCGCUCUACUGACUGAGCUAAUCCUGCCGCGGUUGCUUCCUUCCUGCCAGUUGGUUCCUGCCGACUAAGCUAAUCCUGCCUGCCGAUUGAAAAAUCUUGCCGUAACAUGGUCCAUGGCGAGUGAAAGGGUUAUGAGUUGUUUAUUGUUCUGGUGGAAGUCAAGUCUCCAGUUAAUAUUGAAAAAGUUUAUCGGAAAAAAAGGUUACGUAUUACUAACCCUAUGUAUGUUGUACUAUUUUUAAUUACUACUAUAGGACAUAUAACCAUAUUCAAGCUGCAAGCAAGUUGCAAUCUGGAUGUGAUUAUUCAUUGUUCAAGGUACGGGAGAGGAAAUUCAUUUUGCUGAUGGCUAGCUAAUUCUUUAACUUAGUGCAAUGUAAGCCUGCUCAAUUUAUGGAUUUUUUUUUAUUGUGAAAAUUCGCUUGUUACAAUAAAUUUAUGAUCUGGUUUCCGCUCAUUAAUUUUUCUAAAUUAUUAAAAGUAAUACAGUUGAGCCUCCAUUUAGCGUCCACCCUUGAAAAACCGGCAAAUGGCGGUUUAAUGGAAGUUGCCAAUAGAGGUUCAUCAUAAAUAAUAUUAUUGAGCACUUUAGCAGAAACAUCACUUUAUUUUGAAACAAAUAAAUGAGAGGAGAAGCAUAACAUUACUGGUCCACAAUCACUCAUCACCUUCUAUCUUAGAUGGUAUAUUCGUUCUUGAUAUUGAUCUUGAAAGGAAGCCAAACUAUUAAAAGUUGAUGGCUACUUCAUAGAGGUGACAACAAUGGGAGAAAUCUUGUUGGGCAACCAAAAGGUGAUCACUGUCCCAUUAGUAGAGGUUGCUGUUUGAUAAAGGUUUAGUUUCCCAUUCUUUUCUUCAAUUGGUUUUCACAUGAUGUCACCAAAAUUCAAAUUUAGAAACUAUCACUUGUUCUGAGUUUCUACUACCAUGUGAUACUAGAGCACCUUAAAACCUUUAUACAAACAAAUUUUCGGUUCAAAAGGGUUCUUUGUUUUGCGAUACAGGACGCUUGAAUUUCCAGGCUUUUGCGUGACGAGGCAUUUAGCUGGCAGCCGGGAAAGCUCUUACUGUAUGUGGGUUAAAAACAUUAUGGAUUUUUGGAGAUUUUGCUAUCUAAACAUUCCUUGUCUUAGAAUAAAUAUUACUUUAAUCUUUAUGAGUUCCUCAAGCGAAGAAUUCACGCAUAAUUAGGAAAUCUCAAAAACAGAUGUUUCUGUUGGUUUCCGGCGGCCAUAUUUGUGCCCCUGAAAGGGACACAAACAUGGCGUCUCCAUACAAAGCUUUAUAAAUUUGGGUAAAAUGUUUUUCCAAAUAUCUCGCAUAUGAACUAUUGCAUAGACCUGAUUCUUGGCAAGGCUUUUUGUAUAUUUAUCUUCUUUCAUUUCCCAGAUUCUAGACUUUCUGUAUUAAAAGGUUUCCAUUUUUAUUUUUGCUUUCUCACGUGAGUGAAAACGAGGAAUAGGCCAUUUGCACUAAGAGGUCAUGUGACAUUGUUUUUAUGACAUUAUGAAAGUUAUGAGUUUUUGCCUUCGAAAAACGAUAAGUGGGUCAUAUCUUAAACAAAAUAAUACUGAUUUGGUUUUUCGAACCUGCACCAUUUUCUUAAAAUAAGUAAGUUUGUAGCUGGUCACGUGACCAAAAUGUGAUUUUUAAAAUUAUGAAUUACCUCUUUCUGAAUACAAAUUUUGCACUUAAACUUCAGGGAAAAUGUUGAAAAGAUGAUGUGGUAACGUUUAAAGCACAUCUGAGCGUAACUCUCAAACGUUUAACAAGAUAUAAGCAUAAUUAGUUUUGGCCUGCCAUGUUGGAGGGCAAGAGUAUGCCCACCAACCUGCUGGCCAAAUUAUACAAAUCAUACUACUUUGUUGAAGAAAGUGCCAUAAAAUAACUCCCUUAAAUGCCUUUCCUCUCAAAUUUCGGGUGUAAGAUAAUUGUUAUGUGCUCUAUCAAUUUUUGGCAUCAGCAAGAGUCCAACUCAUUGUUUAAAGGAAGCAUUGGUUACGUAACCUCUUAGUGCAAGUGGCCUAUUAUUUUAGAACUUUGAUUAGUGGCCUUGUAACAGAGGUGGCCACUUAAUGGAGGUUCAACUGUCAUGUCAAUGUGUCUUAUUUACUUGAAAUUUUUACCAAUCAUUGUUUGUUUCUCAUGAUUUACUGUAUUUGUUCAACAGGAAGGCAUCGAGCCAAUGUGGGAAGAUGAAAGAAACAGACAAGGGGGACGCUGGCUACUAAAUACACAGAAAAAUUCCAGACAAGACCUUGACAGAUUAUGGGUUGAAACGGUAAUAAGAGGGUGCUGGAGCCGUUGUUAUUAACAAAAAUUAAUCAGCUCCUUUGCAAUUUUCUCUUCUUGUCUUUUGUUCAAAAACACAAUAAUUAUUACCCGGUAGAUAAACACUUCAGUAGCCUGUAAAUACAGCUGUCUCUCCUUGCUCCUCGUCACUAGAGAUGUUUUCUAGGAGAGAUCUCUGUGAUUUGGCGCCAUAAAUUCAAUACUGAGAAUAUGAAUCAACGUUUACAUUGUAUUAAUCUGGUUGUGAUGGGGUAUAUAAAGUUUUGAGUUCUACUGGGAGCAAGCAUCAGCAAAACCCAAAUGCUUCUUUUAAAGAAGGUUAUAUUCUAUGAGUAGAAACUGUUUUUGAGCAGAUUCAUCAUGUUUAUUACAUUUGAUCUUUGUGAUUUUUUUGUUUUUUUGUCUGUCAUUCGUAAACAGUUGCUAAAAAAAUUGAAUUGCUACAAGUUGACCAAUCAGCACUGGUUGACCAGAUUCUGAACAAACAAUGUCAUCAACGUAGAAUUCUGGGGGUGGAAUCGCAGAUGUCUCUCCUGCAAAACGUCAAUAGUGGCAAGGAGCAAGGAGAGACAUAAGAACAAAAGGCUGUAUUUGUAUUUUUCAGUAUAGCUUCCAAAAUACGCUGAAAUGUGUUUUUUUCCAGGUCCCAAAAUUUAAAAUUUAUCUGUGAGUGAAGGCUUUUCAAACUGGUCUAAUGCUGCCAACUUAAACUGAUCAUUUUAGUGGCUGUCAUAAUUUUUUAAUUUGCUGAAAAUCACAGUCCAGGAAAAGUGGGGCACAUGCUAGGAUUUGCAGGUACAAUUAUUUAAUGAAAAAAUAUUGAAGUUUGUAACUAAUUUGUUGUAUAGUUGAUGCUUCUUAUUGGUGAGCAAUUUGGAGAGUACUCUGAUAGUGUAUGUGGAGCUGUAGUUCAAAUCCGUACAAAGGGAGACAAACUGGCAAUAUGGACAAGUAACGCAUCAGAUCAAGAUACCAACCUCAGUAUAGGGUAUGAAACAGUUUUGUAUUUUAGUUUUUGAGUUUUAAUAGCAAAGGUGCACACAUACAUGUGUCUUCAUUGUAUUAGUUCUUAAUUUAGGGCUUUUUUCUAUGCAGGCGUAAAUUUAAAGAACGUCUUGGCCUUCCACGCAAGCUUGUUAUAGGUUAUCAGGUGAGAGAGAGAUUUCUUUAGUAUUACAGUAAAACUGUCCGAAAUUACAUGCAGCUAAUCAAACAGGCAAGGUCAUUGUGAAAAGGUUGUUAAUUUAUUAGGGAGCAUAAGCAACAACAAAGGUGGGAUGACUAGAAUGGUCUAGAUGUACAAAAGAACAACUUAGCACUUGCAUCAGGCUUUUUGGUACACUUAUUCCCACAAUACAUGAAACUUCCCAAUUUUUCAUUGUGUGGAGGACAUCAAAACAAAACAAUGAUUUUACUUUUAUUUUUCUGAUCUUAGAUACAGUCUUUAAAAUUGAACCCCUUAAACAUUUGCAAACAUUUGACCAAUUGAACGAAAUGGAAUAAGAGUGAUGAAGUUUGAAACAGCACAAACUCUCUUUUUAAGUGAAUUUAAUCAGUCUUUGCCAUCAUUGGUGUUUAGCUACCUAUUACUGCAUUAGUAAAAUCCAACUAAUGGUCUAUCAUCAAUGCUGCAUUCUGAUUGGUUGAGCUACUACUAGGCUCUAUGUUGUAGCCCACUAGAAGCGAAAAGCGCCAGAUUUUUGGCGGCAGAAAAAGGAUUAAAGUCUUGCUUUAAGUUGUUUUUUCUCAAUAUUAAUUUUUUGACCAACUAGUUGGAUUUUACUAAAACAAUUAUUUCUCUCGCCCUCAUGGCCUCUGAGUCAAUAGCCCAUUCAGGCUUGAGGAGUAAUUGUUAAAUAUCCAUCAUUCUUUCAAUAAUGAUAAUUAUGACUCUAUAUAAUUUUUUCUUCCUGUCAGGCACAUGAGGACACCAUGAGCAAAACAGGUUCUACUACUAAAUCAGUGUUCUCAUUAUGAUCUUAACAUAUUUUCUUAUAGACAAUAUCAGAGUCAACUGGUAUUUUAAGAAAACCUUAGGAUUUAUUCUAUUUAAUGAAGUUGAGUGGCUUGAAAACCACUGUCUGGCUUGUCAAAGGUCAGUUGCUCAUCCUGACUGUGGUGUGAAAAGAAAACACUGCGUGCUUAUACAGUUCAUUGUAUUUUCAAACAAUAUUUUGACAUUGUUAUUUGCGCAACAACAACUCUUCUUUGUAAAAUUAUAUUUAGUCUAGUACAGUGUGACUUGACACUACAAGUAGUAACAAUUCAUUAUAAAUUUUAAUGUGCAGUCCUUGUAGUGUACUUGUACACCUUUGUAGGUUGUUCCAAUCAAAAAAUCACUAAGUGAAAUUCACUUGUAAUGAUCUUGAUUUCAAAUAAAAAAACAGAUAGCGGUGACUUUCAAAUGAUUUUUUAUGAGACAUUUUAGAAUAAGUAAUGUAGCUGUUUUGUUUUCAUACUGUGGUCAGGUUGGUCACUGUUAAAUGACAGACAGGCUGUAUUAGCUGGUGAGAAGAGAACUCUCAUCUUGAGAGACUAAAAUUAUGGUGUAUUGACACUUGACAGAAAGUAAAAAGUCUAGGUUUUGUGUCAAAGACAAUGGAGCUUUAAACAUACAAUAAUAAUUACUGGACUGGGUUAUGUUUCCAUAACAUAAAUACAUGUUGUUUUGAGUUAGCCAUUUCCCAGCCCUCUAAUUAUAUUCAAGCCCAUGUGUAUAAUUAAUUAUAAUUAUUUUGGGUAAAUUCUAAAUUUUGGUAACUACAGUGUAAUUACAAUAUAUUAUAAAAUCCAACUAGUGGUCUAUUUUCAAUGCUGUGUUCUGAUUGGUUGAGCUACUACUAGGCUAUAUGUUUUAGCCCACUAGUAGCGAAAAGCACCAGCUUUGAAAACCAAAACAAUGGCGGCUGAAUCGCGUUUUGCUAGCUAAAGUUGUUUUGUCUCGAUAUUUUUUACCACCUAGUAGGAUUUUACUAAAACGAUAUUAUUCCUCUCGCCCUCAUGGCCUCUGAGUUAAUAGCCCAUUCGGCCUUCAGCCUCAUGGGCUAUUGACUCAGAGCACAUUCGGGCUUGAGGAAUAAUUUGUUAAACCAUUUUAGUCAGCAUACAGGCACCUCAGUUAAAAUGAUUUGGUUUAAACUAAUUUUGCCUUAAAUGCAUGCUGCCAUGAGUUAUCAUUGGUUUGCUGAGAAGGUAGAUCGCUUAACAACUGGAUUAAAAAGUAUGUGCUGUCAUUCUUUACAUAAAUGUACAAACUGAGUUGUGUUUGUAGAAGCCAGGUUAUGAAUCCAUGAAGCUUGAGAGCAAUAUUAUUGCUUGCUUAAAAAAAUCCACUUAUGCAAACUCCUUCGUUGAUGUGGUAUAGAAUGGUAUAUUUGCAAAUAUAUUUGCAAUUUAUCAGGCCCAAGUUGUUCAAAAAGGUCGAUAAAAAUCAAUCAAUCAAUCGAUCGAUCAAUAAUCUAUAUGCUCGAAUUGAAGACAGCAAUAUAGCAAUAUAGUAUAAGGUACGCGAAAAGUUGUGUUCGCGCUUUCUCAAUUCAGCAGACCCGACUAUCUCGAACAGGCUAACAGCAACAAAAUGUGAAUAUCUUCGAGGAUAAAUUAUUUUAAAGCUCAAACCACUGGAUGGCGCAACUGGUUUCCCUAAGACGGAAUCACUGGAUAGUUCAAGAUUUUAUUCGGCGGAUAGCGUUAUCCACUUUUUGAACAACUCGGGCCAGAGAGCUAUAUGGCUUGUAGACCAUUCUCACAUAUUGGGACUGUGUACAAGGGCACGAGCUACUAGAGUCAUCAGGUGACAGAAUACAGUGGUGUGUAUGGAUUUGAGUGCUCAAGCCUUGGCUUUGUUUCAUCGUGUGUCGACUGCAGUAGAGUUCGUAACUUUUUAUGUAACGUCAACUUACUGUGUUACUUUUACCCCAGCGAGUUAAACCCAAAGGGCCUGUGAUUGUGUAACAGGUUUUAGACAAUGUGUAGUAUUUUCAUGGGCACCCAACGAUGGUUUCCUUCUAAAGACGUUGAAAACACUUUUAAGGCUGUCCAGAGUACUUUGAGAUAUCUAGAAAUGCAUUCUAAGCGGCGCUGUAAAAUUUGUAUCUGUUCGGUCUUCCUAGGGGAACUUCAAUCUUUUCGGAAUUACGAGGGACUGAGUAUUCACAUCUUUGAAUGCGAAAAUUUUAGGUUUCGAUUUUUCUACGAAAAAUAGCCUAACCAGGGGGGUGAAAUGUGAAAAAUUGAACUUCAGAAAGCGGUAGGGGAUUUAUUAGAUAAGCUUACAAAAUUGCACAUGAAUGGAACGGUCAUUAAGCCGUCCUCAAGUAAUAGAAAACUCUAGACAAUAUUUGCCUAUUUGAAAAACAGUCGUUGGGUGCCCCUGUAUUGUGGCUAGAGCGUUGAGGAAUUUUCCACCGCGCUCAAUAAGAAAUGGAGCCCGAAGAAAGGUUCUUCUUUCGUACUAUGUUUAUAGGCCGAUUUUCCAUUAUACGAAAAUGAAAUCAAGUGAAAUGACUUUGUAACGAGGAAAACCCAUAAGUACGAUGAGUCGUGGCCGCGCGGUUUGUACAUUGUAGUUUACUUAAGUCUUUGUACUGUGUAUGAAUAUAGUGUAUGGUACUGUGUUACCUCUUCUGACAAAGUUAUAUUUGCAAGUAAUUUAAUUUAAACUUUAUUGAGAAGCAAGUCAUUUGAAGAGGUCAAGUUAAUGUUAUUUUGAACAAUUCUCAAUAAUAAUCUGGAUUGAUUUUGUUCUGCGCCACCUUAUUCACUGCAGUAAUUUUCUGCUAAACUUAAGAAUACCCCUAAUUUUGUAGGAGUAGUGCAAACUAGUGCAACGUCGGAAAUCGUUAUGGUUUUUUAGUGCUGGAUCCAGACCUAGCGGGGGGGGGACGGGGGAGCGGUCAUCCAGACCCUAAGAUAAGGGUGGAGCGGUCUCCCCCAAAAAAUUUUUUCAGCCCUUCGGGCCGCAGUUUGGUCCAAAAGUAAGUGGGGCCCUCCCCUGGAUCCACCACUGGUAUAAUUGUCGUCU